AUGGUCAUAAUUUUCUGUCAUUAUGAUUAUCAUACAUACUACCACUGUCAUAAUCAUUAUGAAUCCAUCGUGACAACCACCGUCAUCCCCAUCAUCGUCAUAUUUCCACACGUCACUGCAUCCUUGACGAGCCGUCCCCUCGCCCUCAGGAGCCGCGAGUCCUGUGAUGUGAGGCGCGGCAUGGCCCGAGGCGCUGCCGGGAUGGACGAACACACACGCAUCAGCCACGCCGAGUGCGACAUCCCCAGCAUCCGGCUGGACCCCCGCGGCGCCGUCGGGGGCGACGACGACGACGACGACGACGACGCAGCCGUUUACCUGCAGGAGCUCGGCCUCAACUUCGCCAUCACGGCUCGCUCCAAGGGCCGCGCCUCCACGCUGCCCUCCGCCUUCCCCAGCCAUGAGGCGUCGCGUGCAGGCUCGGCCGUGUCCUCGGCGCUGUCGUCGCUGGCCACGCGGCAGAAGACCUCGCGGGCGCUGGUUGAGGUGGCCAACAAGGUGAGCGCGGGCGGCGAGGGCCAGCUGUACCGCCUCCUGUCCGCCAAGAGGAACCACAUCCAGCAGCUGAACAGCGAUGUCGUCUUCCUUCACAACAGGAUCAAGAGAAAGAGGUUUCGUUGCUCCUCGGGAACUGUGGUUGCAUGUGGCGGGCAGGAUAUCGCUUGGCUUCUACGUGUUCGAGGCGGUGGCUUUCCUUGGGCGAGGCUGUCCUGCUUAUAA